CGUUCCAGCCACACCAUUCCGCCUCCUCUUUCCUUCUCCUCUUCCACACCUUCACCUUCACAAAUCUCCCAUCUUUUCCCGCCAAACCCGUCUGCAGGACUGAUUUCCGAACGCUGCGUCUUUGCUACUCCCCGCGUCUUUUCGUCACGCUCGCCUACUACCGAGACUUACGACGUACCGCACGGCACUCCUUUGGUGCGCUACGUCGUUUACGACCUGACCAAGCCGACGCUGUGAUCCCCCGCCCUAACCCCUCCGUUGCACACCCACCAUGGCUCCCACGAUCGAAGAGCUCGACAACACGGUCCGCGCCUUCUACGAUGGCCGUGGUGAACAGCAAAAAGCUGCCCAAAAUGCCUUGAACCAGUUCAAAGAGGAUCCAGACUCUUGGGUUCUGGUCGACAAGAUUCUUGCUGAAGCGCAACAUCCCCAAACCAAAUUUUUGGGAUUGCAGGUUUUGGAUAAUGUGAUCAUGACACGAUGGAAGGUCCUUCCUCGGGACCAAUGCCAAGGCAUCCGCAACUUCAUUGUGCAAUUUAUUAUCCAAUGCUCCAGCACCGAAGAAUCACUACGAUCGCAAAAGACUCUACUCAACAAACUCAACUUGGUGCUCAUCUCCGUUUUGAAGCAAGAAUGGCCGCACAACUGGCCCUCGUUUAUCAACGAAAUCAUCACUGCUUGCCACUCCAGUCUGUCGAUUUGCGAGAACAACAUGACCAUUCUUCGAUUGCUCUCCGAAGAAGUCUUUGACUACUCUGCCGAGCAAAUGACUUCUGCCAAGACCCGCAAUCUUAAGCAAACAAUGUGUGCCGAAUUCUCACAAAUUUUCCAGCUGUGCCAAGAGGUUCUCAACACUGCUGAUCAGCCGAGUCUCAUCAAGGCUACCAUUGAGACGCUCCUUCGAUUCUGCAAUUGGAUUCCUUUGGGCUACAUCUUUGAGACACCGCUUAUCGAAACGCUUCGCACUCGCUUCCUGCCCACGCCCGAAUUUCGAAAUGUUACUCUGCAGUGUCUGACCGAGAUUGGUGGUCUCCAGACAGGCAACCAAGGUGGCCAAGCCAACACAUAUGACGAGCAAUUGGUCAAAAUGUUCACCGAGGUUCUCACAACGAUUGCUGAAAUCAUUCCUGUAUCGUUGGAUCUGAAGACAACCUACCCCUCAAGCAACUCUCGCGACCAAGAAUUCAUCCAGAAUCUGGCUCUCUUCCUGUGCAAUUUUUUCGGCAUGCACCUCAAUCUUAUUGAAAAUCUCCCGAACCGUGACUAUCUCUUACAUGGUCACUACUAUCUCAUUCGCAUCUCUCAGAUUGACGACCGCGAAAUCUUCAAGAUUACUCUGGAUUAUUGGCUCAAGCUAGUACAGGAACUGUAUGAGGAGAUGCAGCAACUCCCAAUCACCGACAUCAACCCUCUGCUUGCGGUUGGUGGUGCCAUGUCUGGAACUGGUGCACCAAACCCUUCCAUGCUGAUGAACUAUCCCCUCCGCAAACACAAGUACAAUGAAGUUCUCUCCAACCUUCGUGUUGUCAUGAUUGAAAAGAUGGUGCGACCUGAAGAGGUUCUCAUUGUUGAGAAUGACGAAGGAGAGAUUGUUCGUGAGUUCGUGAAGGAAAGUGAUACAGUCCAGCUUUACAAGACCAUUCGUGAAGGUCUUGUAUAUCUCACGCACUUGGAUGUUGUUGAUACCGAAAACAUCAUGACAGAAAAGCUUGCCCGCCAGGUUGAUGGUACAGAGUGGUCGUGGCAUAACUGCAACGUUCUUUGCUGGGCUAUUGGAUCAAUUUCUCUUGCCAUGAAUGAGGAGACGGAAAAGCGCUUCCUUGUCACAGUCAUCAAGGACUUGCUUGGACUCACAGAAAUGAAGCGCGGAAAGGAUAACAAGGCUGUUGUCGCCAGUAACAUCAUGUACAUUGUUGGACAAUACCCUCGUUUCCUUAAGGCCCACUGGAAGUUCCUUAAGACGGUUGUCAAUAAGCUCUUUGAGUUUAUGCACGAAUCUCAUGAGGGUGUCCAGGACAUGGCUUGCGAUACAUUUAUCAAGAUUGCAAGGCAGUGUCGCCGUCAUUUCGUGGCUUUACAGCCAAACGAGCAGGAGCCUUUCAUUGAGGAGAUUGUCCGUAACAUGGGCAGAAUCACUUGUGAUUUGACUCCUCAGCAGGUCCACACAUUUUAUGAAGCAUGUGGCUACAUGGUGGCUGCUCAAGGAAACAAGAACCAGCAAGAACGGUUACUUGGAGAACUCAUGAACAUCCCCAAUGCUGCUUGGGAUGAGAUCAUCAAGCAGGCCACUGCCAACCCUUCGAUCUUGCAAGACUCUGACACAAUUAAGGUCAUUGGCAACAUCAUGAAGACCAACGUUUCAGCCUGUUCGUCAAUUGGCCCCUACUUUUAUUCACAGAUUGGACGUAUCUACCAUGACAUGCUUGAGAUGUACCGAGCUACCAGCAACCUAAUCUCAGAGGCCGUUGCCCGAGAUGGUGAACUUGCAACCAAGAUGCCUAAAGUCCGCGGUCUGAGAACCAUCAAGAAGGAGAUCCUAAAGCUGGUGGAAACAUACGUCGAGAAAGCAGAAGAUCUUCAGGCUGUUCGCGCGCAGAUGGUACCACCUCUGCUGGAGUCCGUCCUUGUUGAUUAUAGCCGAAAUGUCCCUGGCGCUCGUGAUGCAGAAGUUCUCCGAGCCAUGUCGGUUGUGAUCACCAAGCUCUCAAACCUUAUGGACGACCAAAUCCCCACCAUUAUGCAGAAUGUAUUCGAAUGCACAUUGGAAAUGAUUAACAAAGACUUUUCUGAGUUCCCUGAACAUCGCGUUGAGUUCUUUAAUCUCCUACGUGCCAUCAAUCUGCACUGCUUCCACGCAUUACUGAAGUUGGAUAACAACCAGUUCAAGUUCGUUAUCGACUCUUGCUCUUGGGCCUUCAAGCACGACAACCGUGAUGUUGAGGCGGCUGGCUUGAACAUGUGCCUUGAGCUCAUUACCAACAUUGCUGAAAAGACUGACGAAGCCACGUCGAACGCCUUCUUCCAACGCUUCUUCAUGACCAUUCUGCAGGAUGUUCUCUAUGUUGUCACGGAUAACGACCAUAAAGCUGGCUUUAAGACACAGUCUAUGCUUCUGAUGAAGCUGUUCUAUUAUGUUCAGCCCGCCGACGGCACACAGCCCAAAAUCCAGGGUCCUAUCUAUGCUGCUGAACAGGCCCCGGCUGGUACCGGAAACAAGGAGUUCCUGGGCAACUCUGUUGUCGAGAUGCUGCAAAAAGCAUUCCCCAACCUCCAAGCUGCCCAAGUUACCAGCUUUACUGAAGGUCUCUUCAGUCUCAACACCCAGUACGACAAGUUCCGUUUGAACCUUCGAGACUUCCUUGUGUCCCUCAAGGAAUUCGCUGGCGACAAUGCGGAGCUCUUCGCUGUUGAGAAGGAACAACAGGAACGUGAUGCCAAGGCUGCCGAUAUGGAGCGCCGACAAAAAGUUGGUGGUCUUCUGAAGCCCUCUGAGCUUGAUGAUGAAGAGCUGUGACUUCACGAAGAGUUUCGAGCCGAGUAUGUUCCACUCAGAGAAGCUGGUAGGGGAGCCUUGGAGAAUGAGCCAGAACCAGAGCGUGGCAACGGCGAUGGCUGGGAGUUUUACGGACUAUAGGUGGUGUUUUGCCGGAUUUAUAUGCAAGAAUUGAUUUUACAUGGAGAAAAGCCACGAGUGACACGAUACGCCUAUUGUGAAACAGAGUUGGCGUUUGGAGCUGACUGAAGGCCAGAUGCGACGAGCCAGUGAAGUAGUUGAGAGACGAUUACACUGAGAUGAAGAGGGGCAUCCCAAGCAUCUGGAAGCAUCGAAGUGGCUAGGGUCAGAUUCAUUUUGUUUGUUUAGAGACGUUUGACUAGAGAUUGCGAGUAUCGCCCAGUAUGCACAAAACCAAAAGCAAUUUAAGAACAACUUUGAUGAGAAAAGACGAAUCUAGUACGAAUGAGUGACCGAAUGAUGAGUGAGUCGAGUACAUGUAUAAUUUGCAUGUAUUUUAAUUCUAGAUCUUUGUACAAACAGGUAUAUCCAACCCCGAAGUAAAAAGUGCGCUAUCCUUUGUUUCGCUAAUCAACCAUGCCAAAACCUGUUUAUCGCCUUGUCCGCCAGUAUUGUGUGUGUAUAUAUCCCCAACUCCAGAAUUCAAAAGAAAAACAACAACAACGGAAAAGUACAAAAUAGUGCGUCUCGCUUAGCGCUCUACUUCGACAACUCUCAGAGGCCACGCCAUUGCCUUAUGCCAGUAGCUUCCCAAAUGCUUAGCGAUGAUGUGAAUCAUUCGAGCGCCAGCAUCCCGGAACAUCCAAAAUCUGCGGCAACGGUGCAGCAGCACGCCGUAAUGGGCGAGAAUGACGAGGGCUUCAGGGCGGUGCUUGCGGAGAACCUCUACAUACUCUGCUUGGACCAUGACGGAGAAGCCAGAAGCGGCGUGAGGACCGUUACGAUCUGGCAAGUUAUUGUAGAGAUCAAAAGACCACUGCAACUUCUCUACAGCAGCACGACAUGCUUGUAGAUUGGCAUCGGCGAGAUCAGAGGUGCUAAGCAGCUCCUGUAAUGGGACACAUUCGCCACCUGGUGUCUGCGAAUGCGGAACCGCCUGGUGUGUGAUUUCGAGGAGGGGUCGUAGCUCGGAUUGUAUGAGAAAUUGGAAGGUGGGUUGAAUGACAGCGCGAACACCACGAUGAAGGUGGAAACAGUCGACAAAUCGAUCGAUGAAGCUGUGGAAAUUGACAUCAUCGGAGCGAAGCACCGUCAAUGUCUCCGCGAGAGAGUGCAGACUGAGAAUGCUGGAGAAAAGAAAGCGAGGAACACAUGUUUCGGUAUCAUCGGCUGCUAUUCCUUUGGUUAGGCGUGUAAAGGAGGUAACCGCACGGGUCUGAAGCUCAGUUGCCAGACGUUGCAGCGCCGGAACGGACAUGGCGCCACCGAACCUCGUAGCUUGCGGCGAAGCGUCAUCUGGAAGUUGGGAGGCAAUGUGCAGAGCAGAAAGGGCAAGCAUUUCGUCUAUUAGGUAGGGGGCAUCAGUCGUUCGACAUAUUGCAAUAGAGACGAUUUGUUGCAUUUGUCCGGGGGGCCCUACACCACCAUGAUCCAUGUCGGUGACAGCGUGGUGUAAGAGCAUUAGAUGCUGAGCGUUGAAUUGUCCAGGAUGUGGAGAAUGUGCGAUCGAGGCUAACCCAGGUGAAUCGGUAGUAUGUGGUGUCGGCGGAUCUGAUAUGCUAUACUGCUGCUGGUGAUACUGCUUCGACGGAUGCUGUGGGUAGCCGUUGUUGAGAUACAUUUGGCCGUCUCCAGCUGCUGUGUCUGAAGCAGCGGGCGUCCAUACCAUUGAGCAAGGGUCAACGGCAUGACCACUUGAAGCUGGUGAGACGUUAUCUUGGCGUUGUUGUUGCUGGUCAGCCUUUCGCGCUCGGUUUUGGUUGGAAGCGGCGGUGGCGGUUGGUGCAGCGUUGGGAUAGGCGCAGGCUCUGUCGGCAAUGGAGCAAUUGGAGCACUCAGGACGGCGUUCGUCGCAUCGGAUAUGGCGGCGCUUGCACUCUGCGCAGCCAUUCCUAGACUUGCGAUGAGAGCGGCGUGUCUUGAGGGCGCUGCCGCCGGGGGUGUUGGGGAUGACGGGAGAGGUAGAGGUUGUGGUAGCAUGGUGGUGGUUGUUGUGGUCGUCGGGGGUAACUGGAGAGACGCCAAGUGGACUGGCGGUUGCUGUAGAGUGGCGAGGCAUUAUGAAUAAUUAGUUAUCUGGAUCGGUACGGCGCCAACGUUAGACAUGGCAGCGUUGCUGCUUGAAGUGGUGAAGCUAUCUUGAAGACGCAGGCUGUACAAGUAUAACGUGUGUUGAAACAAGAGGGGGGAAGGAGGAGGCUAACGAAGCGACUGUAAUAAACGUCUUAACCACAAAGAAGAGGCAAAAAAGCAGAGAAUGAAGAAGAGAAGAUUGUGUGUGAAAGGAAGAGGGCCAAGACAAGAAAACUGUCAGCGCAGACCACCGCUAAAGGAAGGCACGCCAGUGUUUUCAGGUUCGAUCGAUGCGUGGUGGGCAUUCGGACUUUAGACGGUGCAGUCGCCCCAACUCCGCAAGAGCACGCACACGCAACCACUAGGAGCAUCGGCGCUUUACAGUGCCGUAGCCUCG